CAGCAGCAUUGCUCUGUCAUCCCCCUAUGACAGGGAGCAUCAUGUGCACCGAGAAGGCAACGUGACCUGUCUGCAGAGGGAGAGAGAGAGGAGGCAGCUCUGCAGCGCACUGAGCCUUAGGGAGAGCUGGAGACACCACCAGCCAGGGACACUACCAGCACCUUGUGACAGGCUACAGUGUGGAACACCCUGACUUGAUGACCAUGGGACCCACAGCAGGAGAGCAAGAAAAUGCAAGAAAAGGAGCUUGCGCGCAGCCGCAUUCCUCGUUUGGUUCUUCGCCCUUACCUGCCAAAACAAAAAAUGUCACCAUCCUCGGAAUCUCCAUUUUCAGAGGAAGAAAGCAAAGAAUUUAACUUAACUUCAAGUCGAUCUAAUAGGACCAUAAGUAGCAACAGCUUCUGCUCAGAUGACACUGGUUGUCCCAGCAGUCAGUCUGUUUCUCCAGUUAAGACUCCCUCAGAUACUGGAAUUAGCCCAAUGGGCUUUUGCACUGGAAGUGAAGAUGAUUAUAGCCGUAAAAGGGUUAAUAUGGGCACAUUUGCAGAUAGUGCUCUUCAGCCAGCGCGACAUCGAAAAGAAAUGAAGACUGGUCAUCUGAAGACAGGAAGUGAAGCAGAUUUCAGUUCGUCGAGCAGUACUGGCAGUAUCUCUGCCCCAGAAGUCCAUAUGUCAACUUUAUCUGGGGGGAAAAAGGCUUCAUUCUCACGCAAACUGCCCUACAGACCAGAGCCUCCGAAGCGAGCUGCCAGGAUUACAUCGGAGAGUCGUGUUUCUCAAGGAAAGGGUAUCACAUGUUCAUCUAGCAAACCUGGAAACAGCCCCCCUGCGCGUGACAAGGAACUAUUUUCUGCAUUGUGUAGAAAUCAGCUAAGCCCAGUGAAUGCAGCUGAUGCGUAUGGUAUCUCAUCUGCCAGCAGUAGUAACUCUGGCUCCUUCAAAGGAAGUGAUACAAGUCCAACCCAACGACGCACCAUGAGAUACCAUACAUCUUGCGGAGAUAACCAUGGAGUUAAACCACCAUCUCCUGAGCAGUAUUUGACUCCUUUGCAACAGAAAGAAGUCUCUAUACGACACCUAAAAGCAAAAUUGAAGGAAUCUCAGGCCACACUCCAGGAAAGAGAAGCUGUAAUACAAGACCUAAAGUCUCAGUUGGGACGAAUGAGGGAGGACUGGAUUGAAGAAGAGUGUCAUCGCGUGGAAGCUCAGCUUGCCCUAAAAGAAGCAAGGAAGGAAAUAAGGCAGCUAAAACAGUUUAUUGAGACCAUGAAAAAUAGUUUGGCUGAAAAAGAUAAAGGCAUCCAGAAAUAUUUCAUAGACAUUAAUAUUCAGAACAGAAAACUAGAGACAUUGCUUCGCAGCAUGGAGAUGGCACAGGAUAGCUCUUUCAGAGAUGACCAGUGUCUGGAUUAUAUCUGUAAUUCUUCGGGAGCUUCACUCACAGAAAGUGCAAUUUAUGAUAAAAUCUCAGAAGGACUUUUGUUAGAGGACCAAGCAACAGAGGAGAUGGCAGAUUGUGACCUUCUCCUUAAUGAUGAACUUGCAAACAGAGAUGAUUUGUAUGAUGAUAUUAUUAUGGAGACCACAUGUGAGCUUGAUAAUUUAGCAAUUCUGAGUUCCACAGCUUUGCAAUCUAGUCUUGGUGCAGCCAAUGUGGAGAGGUCCAAUGAAUCAACCAGUUCUAAAAAGACUACAGAUUCACAGUGGAUGGAACAAGCCAUUCAGACAGAUAUUGUUCCUUUCAGCCUUGAUUUUGAGAAUGUCCUUCUAAAGAUUUUUAAAUCCCAUAAGGACUAUCCAGUUAGUAGAUCAUCUAUGCUAGGCGGUCUUCAUGUUAAAUGUUUUUCUGGCUCAUCUGCAUUAAUUGAUUUGACACCAGAUGAUCCAAACUCUGCUAUUCUUUUAUCUCCUGAGUCACUGCGUAAUGAGAUUCCUUCCAACUCAAACCGUGCAAUGAAAGAACUUGACUUUGAAGGACCUUCAUCAUUUCUGCUUUACAAAAACUUUGCACAGACAAAUAUGACAAAGAAAUAUUGGAGCAACAAUAUUUGGACUGAUAUACUGGCUGUAGCUGUGCCAGUUAUUCCAACAGUGAUGUGGGCAUUUGGUGCCCAGAGAGGUGGCAUUGACCCUGUAUAUAACUUUGGUAUGAUGAUGCGUGGUUGCUGUUUGAUGGCUUUACAUUCCCUAAGGAAAACCUCUUAUACUGACGCCAUUUAAUUUAAACCUGUACAAAGCUCCCUGCAAAAUGCUUAAUAUUUGUAGCUACCUAGAGCACUUACCAUAUGAAAUAAAUUGCAUUUCUAUCACUAUUGCACCUAAAUUGUUUUGUUUGCACUUUAUCACCCAGCAUAUUUUAAGAUCUCUUUAAAAGAGAAAAUGAAUAAAAUAUAAAUUGUAUAGCUUUUUUUUUUUUCUUCUGAUUUGCACUAAAGUUUACAAAAAAAAAAGAGAUCCCAUUUAAAUAUUGAGGUUUAAUGAUUGCACUUACUAUAAAAUGUAUUCGUAAUGCAGCUAGCCUGCUCUUAAUAGCAUAGCUUUGCUCUGCUUAAUGUGAUUGUCUGCACUUAUUUAAUAGCACUUGAAAAAUAUACUGGCCUCCAAAUGACUUUGCUUUACUGCCUGUAUUGGUGUAUUUGUGCAAUAAUUAUUCACAUAAGCUAAUAGUGAUAUUGCUUCUAGUUACGUUGUUUGGAUGGUUCAUUGUUUUUGGCAUUGAAUGGCAUUUGUCUCCUACAACAGUGCUUCUCCAGUACCACGAACAGGCCAGAUUUUCAUAUUGUCUGAAAAUCGGGUGAAAUAAUCGGCUGAUCAGUAACCAUGGUUACUAAUCUGCUCUCUCCAAUCACCUGUACUCUAGUUGAGAUAAAAAUGUGGCCUCUUAGAGGUACUUGUGGAGAAAAGCAACACUGUCCUACAGUAUGUCUCACUUUUUGUUAGAACUAUUGUAAUGUCGGGGCAUGUUUGUACUGAAAGUUGUUACUGUACUUAUAUAUGUUAUUGAACAUUGUUUACAAAGUAAAAUAGCAUGGUGAAAUUUAUUUAUAGAUGUAAAUGUUUAACCUCUAUUCUAACAAAAAUGUAAUAAAAUCUAUAAGUGGUAA